AGGACCCCGAGCACUACGCCCACAUCGCCAGCUUCUUCCGGCACGCGCCGGAGGCGCAGUGCGACGCCCUCUGGCGCGCGCUGGGGGAGGCCGUCGAGGAGAGAAUGAGCCAGCUGGGACCCACCGACGACGUGUGGCUCAGCGCCGAGGGCAACGGUGUCAUCUGGGUUCACCUGCGCGUGGACCUGAGACCCAAGACUACCACUACCAUCCGUAUCGAGACCCCGAGCAUGGCUUGGCGGCAGAUGGCACGUGAAAAGGUCCGAGGCCUUGGCGCAUGCCCGCUUCGGCAGAUGCGUGGGCGGUCGGGUCUCGACGAUAGCCUGGGCGAAGAGGGCACGCUCGGCCUCGGAGUGCGCGUGUCGCGUCGCGAUGCAGGGUGGUUCGCGCGGAGGUCCGGUGGGGUCGGCCGCCUCGCGCAGCAUCCGCGGCGCGUGCUGCCGCGCCUCCCUUCGUCUUGGCCGUCGCGCUCCCCCCUCGCGUCCUCCCUGCUCG